AUGGAUGCCCUGUACCUUUUGAGCAAGGCGCAGUUUCACCAGGUGGCGACGCACAUUUCUCUCUACCACGAGGACGCCUCACCGGGCUACCGCAGCCUCGCCGAGGACUGCCUGCGCCUCGUAGGCCUCAAUCCCAGCCGCUACGUCUACUGGAACAUCCCGAACAUGGGCACUUACUUUGGCAAGACAGUGCCGGUGGACGUGCAUGGCGGCCACGUGCUGGUGGACGAGGCUUCCGCGGGGCCUGCAGCCGCGAGUUUCGGCGUGCUGCGCUACGCCUACCUCUCCGCCGCGGUGCGGGCGAAGGAGGGCGGACGGUGGCGAUACGAUUUCAUGACGAUGAACGUCACUCUCGGCGUGGGGGCCGCCGCCGGCUUCGCGGCGCUCUCCGUAGGCAGGAAGCGCUGGACGUGGAUGCGGCGUCACCCUGUGGGCGGCCUUGCCGUCAGCCUGCUUGUCUUCCUCACCGCCACGGUAGCGUCCCGCCAGGCCAUCAGGGUCCUCGGUGUCGGGGUGGUGACGGCGCACAAUAGCCACAAGAAGGCUCUUACGCGGCUCAACUGCGCCGACUGCUUCGACGAUGUCAACAGCUACACUGCCCAGCAGGUGGAGGAGCUGCAGAAGCAGGAGUUGCCGCGGCAGCCAGGUAUGCCCCCGCCGCCGGAGGAGUUUGUGCGGCGUUUCGAGCGGGGUACGCAGCUGCAGGUGAAGCUGCUGCAGGCGGACAUUGAUGAGGUGCGGGCG